AUGGAGAACGAAUCUGAGGUGAUGUAUUGUCAUUGCGAAAUUGGAAGCAAGAGGUUGAAAGCUUUGAGAAUGACUUCAUGGACGAACGAUAUUCCGGGGAGAAGGUUCUAUGGGUGUAGAAAUUGGAAGACCAAAAAUUGUGGUUUUUUUGAUUGGUAUGAUGAACCAAUGUCUGAGAGAGCUAGGGAAGUUAUUAACCAUUUGAAGAAUGAAAAUAUGAAGCUUGUGAAGAUGCAUGAAAAUUCGACCCCACCCAUGGAUAUUGAAGCAGAAAUUGGUCAUCUUCGGACUGAAGUUGAAGCUUGGAAAGAAGAGUCAAGGGUUGUUAGAAGGAAAAGUCGAUUUCUUAUAAUAGUUUUGAUUAUAUCUUGGUUUGUGAUGAUGAAGCGCUUGAAAGUAGUUAUGCCUAAGUGA